AUGCUUACAUGCUUGAAAUUCAUAUUGAUUUUUCUUUAUUUUCUUUUCCUCUCCUUGCUUCCAAUGAAAAUCACAUUAGCAAGCAUUGAAGAAGCGAAGGCUCUUCUCCAGUGGAAGGACAGCUUGUCUUCUUCUUCUUCCUCUCCUUAUCUCAGUUUUUGGUCCAUCGCCCACAUUGAAGACUAUUGCCACUGGCCAGGCAUUGUUUGCAGCUCUGCUGAUACCAUAUCCGAGAUAAACCUCUUCAAUGCCAACCUUACCGGAACACUUCAGCAAUUCAAUUUCUCCUCAUUUCCCAAUCUCCUGUACUUUAACCUCAGCAACAAUAACCUCCAAGGUUCGAUACCUUCUGCUAUUUCGAAUCUUCGUAAUCUCGCGUUGUUGGACUUGAGCAACAAUCAUUUCACUGGCCACAUUCCUCCAGGGAUCGGAAACUUGUCCCAGCUUCAGUACCUUGUAUUUUACAACAACACUCUCAAUGGCACCAUGCCUUUCCAAAUUACAAGCCUUCAAAAGUUAGAGCACUUGGACUUGGGAAAAAACAAUUUAGAAUAUACGGAGUGGUCAACCAGUUCUAGCUUUCCCCAGCUUACUCACCUUAGUUUUUCUGAAAAUGAAAUUAGAUCAGAGUUCCCAAAGUUCAUAUCCAACUGCCAAAACCUGGUGUAUCUUGACUUGUCCCAAAAUAACCUCGUCGGAGGGAUACCCCAAUCAGUGUUUUCCAAUCUGAGCAAGCUUGAAUACUUCAAUCUCACUGAUAAUUUGUUUCAAGGACCACUGCCAUUGAAUAUUUCCAAGUUGACUGAUCUCAAAGAUCUUCGACUUACAGAUAACCAAUUCAAUGAGUCUAUUCCUGAAGAGAUUGGUCUACUUUCCAACCUUGAAGUCCUUCACUUGAUUAACAAUUCAUUUGAAGGGAAAAUUCCUUCUUCAAUAGGCCAGCUCCGAAAACUUCAGAGACUAGACCUAAGGAUGAACAAGUUGAAUUCUACAAUUCCUCCUGAGCUUGGCCUCUGUACCGACCUCACCUAUUUGGCUCUAGCUGUGAAUUCUCUCACUGGGGAAUUGCCUCUGUCCUUAACCAAUUUGACCAAGAUAACUGAACUUGGCUUGUCUGAGAAUUUACUUUCCGGGGAGUUAUUGCCUUCUUUCCUCUCCAGUUGGACCAAACUAAUCUCUCUGCAACUUCAAAACAAUAACUUCACUGGCAGUAUUCCAUCCCAAAUAGGACUAUUGACAAAUCUUAUUAUCCUUUUUCUAUACAAUAAUAAUCUCUCUGAUUCAAUACCCUCGGAGAUCGGGAACUUGACAGAGUUAGGGUGGUUAGGCCUUUCGGGAAACAAGCUCUCAGGUUCGAUUCCUCAAACAGUGUGGAGUCUCACAAACCUGAAAUCCUUACAACUUUUCUCCAACGAGUUCAGUGGCACUAUUCAUCCAGACGUUGGAAAACUUUCUUCAAUUGUUAAGAUUGAUCUCAACACAAAUCAAUUACAGGGAGAGUUGCCAAACACUAUUUCUCAGCUUUCCAACCUACAAUUGUUCUCUGUCUACUCCAAUAAUUUUUCUGGCAGCAUUCCACAGAAUUUUGGGAUGAAUAGUCCCUCUUUGAACUUCGUCAGCUUUUCAUAUAACAACUUCUCCGGAGUUCUGCCACACAAACUAUGCAGCGGUUUUGGCCUGCGAUAUUUUACAGCGAAUAACAAUAGUUUGGCCGGGCCACUGCCACAAUGCUUGAAGAACUGCUCAGAACUAGUUAGAGUCCGAUUCGACCGAAACCAGCUCACAGGAAAUAUUUCAGAUGUAUUUGGAUCACAUCCAAACCUUCUGCACAUUGAUCUAAGUGACAAUCGAUUCUCCGGUGAGAUCCCUUCAAGUUUAGGCAAUUCAACUAAGCUCGACUAUCUCGACUUUUCGGGUAACAGCUUCACAGGAGGCAUUCCAAAAGAGCUCCAGAACUGUGGGAGCUUAUCGAGCCUAGAUUUUGGCGGAAAUCGCCUAUCUGGUAACAUACCCUCUGAGCUGGGCACCUUAACUAAAUUGCAGAACAAGUUGGAUCUUAGCAGCAAUUCGUUCUCAGGUACAAUUCCUCAUACAUUGGGGCAGCUUACCGAGUUGAAGAAUCUCAACGUUUCCCGCAAUAAUUUGUCGGGAAGAAUUCCGGAAACACUGUCCAAUUUGAUUAAUCUAGUCCUUCUCGAUUUCUCCUUUAAUAAUUUGGAUGGUCCAAUCCCAAAUGGUACAGCUUUCCAAAAUGCACCGUUCACAAGUUACAUGGGAAACCAAGGUUUGUGCGGAUUUGAAUCGGGCAUGCCUCCAUGCAGCAGCAGCAAGUCCAUGCAAACCCCACUGGAAAUUAUUACUAGCGAGUUAUGA